AUGGAGUUGUUCAGGGUAAAUAACGGCAGUUGGAACAAAUUUGGGGAAACCCCGAAGAAUUUGCGAAUCGACGCUUUUAAACUCAGAAAGGCUAUGGAGCUCAACAAUCUACUCACACAUAUAAGCCAGGAUGAAGAAAAACCAGUGGAGGAUGAACAUGAUGUAAACAGAAAGGUAGGGUUUUGGAACAGGGCAAGCAAAAUGGAGCAAUGCGGGUUUUGGGGGCUCCCAUCUUUCAUCAAUCAUUCAUGUUUUCCAAAUGCUAAAUGCAUGGUGGUGGGAAAAGCAAUGUUCAUUAUAGCUGUGAGAGAAAUUGCUGCAGGAGAGGAAAUAACCGUGUCUUACUUCAGAAACUUUGUUCCACUGGUGGAACGCGAGAGCCAUUUCAUACAUUUAGGGUUUCGCUGUAAGUGUAAGCGGUGUGUUUUGGAAGGGUUUCUUGAUCCGUCUUUUGAGCAACUGAGUCAUAUUAUUCAGAAUUUUUACAACUCUCUGUUUGAUCAAGCUGAACCAACAAAUGUCUCAUCCAGAGACAUACAGUCCAUGGUAGGAUUCGCUGUACAGUUGGAGAAUAUUGAUGCCCAGAGUAAAGAGAAGCACCUCAUACGUGCCUCAUUUUCUUGUAUCUACAAAUAUGUUUAUGCCGCUGCUAUGAAAUAUCCUGAUUUUAGUGUGCUAUUACGGUUGCUUCCUACAAAAUUGGAAGUGGCAGAGUCAUUGCGGCAUGCCGAUCCAAGUUCUCCAAUCUCCCUGGAACUGUUUCAGAUGCUUGUAGAGGAAGUUCAUGGACAAGAGAGAGAUUUGCUUCUUCAAAAGACAAUGGAAAACGGCAUAGCAGUAUUUGGAAAACAGAAAGAAGAUGUUCUCAAAGCUCUAGUAGAGUCGCGAUUUGUUAUGCGUUUUCAAACUGUCAGGACCGGACCUGGAAUCCCGAUGAAAUUUUCGUUUCAAUAA